UCAUCCAACCCCCAGUUUCUUCACUGGUUUGUGUUUCAUCCAUGGUGGUAGAAGUGUCACUCUUUCUGGUUAGCUUGGUAGUGUCCUUAAUGGAAGACUUCACCCUAGAUUCGAAGGAUCUAGAGUGUAUGAUUCCUUCUGAUGUUAUGGUCGAAAUUUCACCUCCCUCAAAUCACCCUAAGCCACUGCCAAAAUCCAUCACUUUCAAGAAUCCCUUGAUUCCCUCUAAGGUCUGGAGAACUCCGGUAAUUGGGAGACUUCAUGGUCGGAAUACUCCACCAAAAGACCAGGUUUCAUCACCCAUCUCUUCUUUCGAUUGAAUACCAAUUCUUCUUGGUAUUAGAUGUUGAAACAACUUUUAAUCAUUUGCCUUUUAUGUGUGUUUCAUCGUAUGUGACGGUCAAAUAUUUUUCGUAACGGAUAAGUGGAGCGGAAAGAAAUACUAAGUAGGGAGAUGAAUAUUUUAUUAGGAAAAAACAAGUCUUUCAUCCGCGCGCCUCUAGUUUUGUUGAUGUACGAGGGGCCUUAUAUUUUAGAGUGCGUCAAUAUGUCAAAGUUUUUUCAAGAUUGAUUUCAAGAGUUGAAUUAGGGGAUGAUAAAUUUGGUUUGAUAUGUUUCACCCUUGCUCUAGUUUCACAUGUGCUGGUUUAAGUGUUUUAUCGAGUCGCAUGUAUGACAAGACAUGAAUCUUCAUUUUGGCAACGAAAAACCCUACGUUCAGACCCCCUAAACAAAAUGAUAUGUCCAUUCACAGAUUUGUCAAUACUGUCUUGCUCGCGGCCUGCCUGUUGUCGUUCCCAUGUCCCAGAUACACAUAAUCGUUGAAAUGCAUGCUAGCGCUCUUCUACCAUAAUAAAUCUUGCUCUUCCUUUUCAAGCGUUUUGUUUAUAUACAUCACGCGACACGCGCUUGUCACUCGACCCUGAUAUGUUUUCCCACGUGACGCUCUUUUACUCCUUUGAGUCGUUCUCUUUUCACCUACCCCAAUUCAAAAUAAACACACACAUAAUUGAAUUAGCCCUGUGUUUUACACAUUGUGACUCUUGUACUAACCUUUGUAUAUGUAUAGGUCUUGUGUGGAAAAAUAGUACCAAUGCUCGAUUACACAUGUCGCCCACCUCGCCCUACCGGUAGCUUUGUCUUCUCCGGCGGCAUUCAACAUCGGUCUGGUCCCUUUUUACCGAUCCAACAUUGGCGCUUCCGGUACGCCGAGAAUCUGACUCCGGCGAGGAUACAGGCAGGGACUGGAGUCUUCAUUCCUCGCAUUCCCAUACCACCACCGUCACCAACAUCAACCAUUUGUCGGGCUGUUGUCGUUGGUGCUGCCAGAGUGGGUAAGAAGCAUUUGAUUAUGAAUGGAGGCGAGACGUCUAAUACGAGGGAGAAGAAAGACGACGACUACUUCCCUGAUGAGCUGCUUCCCCUGGGGCUGUGCUUGCCUGAGGACUGGACUUAUUGAGCCGUUUCAAUGAAAUGGAAGAAGAAAUGAUGAUGUAAUAAUAAUUCCUCCGGUACGGUAGGAGAGAAAUUGGCGAUGAGAACAAAUAAAUUUAACAAAUUUCGAAGACAGACAAUAUUUCGAGGAGUUUAUUCGAUAUUUGUUCAGGUCAUUCGUUCAAAGACAAUAUUUGGAAGGAUUCGAAGUCUGCACAUGCAUUAAAAGGCCGUGUUGUAAACUAAGUGGGGGGUCAUCGAAAUUCGAAGAGAACCUCUCGGAUAUAUAAGGUUUCGAUCACAUGUUAAGAACUAGCUAAUCUCAAUAAUCCGAAUACUUGAGCUAUGUUUGAUUAAUGGAUCUUAUUAUGUUGUUACUAACAUGACCCCCUCUAGAGCAAAAGCAUACUUAUGUGUUUGAGUUUGAAAUUUGUACAUGUCGGAAUACCAUCUGCUCAACAAAUGGGUGUUGUCAGGAUUCGAACAAAAAAACAUUUAUGUCACAAAAGACUCUGUUACCAUGUUAAAAACUAGUUUAUGCCUAAACUCGAGUGCAUUCUAUCAUUUAUUCUGACUUUUGUUCUCAUACUUUUUAUUUUCCUUCAAACAUGUAUCCUGUCGUCGUUACUUUAAUCUACGAACUAGUUUGCACCUUCAAUUUUCAUGGACUCCACGAAUUUUACCCUCAACAAAUUUCUAGCAAACAAUGGUUUUUUGCAAAGUCCACGUUAAAUUGAAUGAGACCCAAAUCCAUCAUCUAAAUUCAUGAAGUGAACGAAUUAGAUGUGUAAAUAAAUACAAUAAACAGAUAAAUCUAAAAAUUCCUCAAUCCUUGUGAUUUUAAAUUCUACUAAUUUAUGAUUCACAUUUUGGAAAUUAUACUGAAGUCAAGAUGGUGUUUAUUUCACUAUGGCAAAAAAAAAUGGUGUUUAUUUCA